AGGACCCAAGACACUUCCUCUUCCCCUGUCUCUCCCUGACGCAUCCCCACCCCGAGCCCUGCCCACCUUCUGCAAUGCCCACAGCUGCUUCCAGCCCAGGCUGGGAAGUGGGUGUAUAUCACACAGGGGACUCAGGUGGUGUACAUUCGGAGCUAAAGGGCAAGGGAGGAGGACCGAAAGGAAAGAGCGGGAGCAGGAGACCUCAGAAUUGGGGAGGGGGGAGGGGCAUGUGUCAACUGCAGCUCAAGUGACUCAGGUCUUGUAUUUACACCUCAGCCGUUUCCGUCUCCCCCCAAAGCCACAGCCUCUCUGUGAGAGGAAGCUGGGGUUUGUGGUUCCUGUUUUGCCUGGGGACAAGGAGUAGGAAUGAGGAGGGGGCUGGUAAGAGCUCUGGCUUCUCAUUUCAGGGUCAUUAAUGCUUCCCCAAGAGGAAGAAGGGGCUGGAUUGGUGGCUCCAAUGCCCAUUCCCUCACCUGUACUCAUUCUUGCGAAACGAAACUUGGCUAAACUUUGUACUGUGGUUAUUCACGUCUACCUCCCAGCCUCCUUUGAGUUCCUUGAAGGUGGAGGCCAUGUAUGACACGUUGCUGAAUUUCUAGAGCCCGGCAUGGGUAGUAGGAUCCCGUUUUUCAUUGGUUGAGUGAUCUGGGAAGCAGACCAAAGGGGGUACAUUUCAAACAGCAGUCUGAGGGCCUGGUGGUGAGAAAGAGCUGGGAGAGGUGGGCACUGACUGUUGGAAGCCCACAAGAGAGAUUAGCAGGGGAAAGACGUGAUGAAGAAAAUUCAGGAUGUUGCUUUACCACCUAGAGGAAGUUUUGAACCGGUGGUUCCAGGGUUCUUCCAGCCUCUCUCAGUCCCCUGCCCCGAAACUGGGUAGGUCUAAAGAGAAGAUCGAGAAAAGACCCGGAAGUGGUGAGGACCUUCAAGCACGUGAUGAGGGACCGACAGGUGCUGUCACGUGAUCCGUCAUUGCUGAGUGCGGAAUGUUUAGGUGCUCUUAAAGGUACAGGCUGCAGGGCCCCCUGCUUUAGAGGGGGCGGGGGCAGAGUCCGACGGGUGGGGCGUGGUGGGGCGUACGAGGGCGCAAGAUGGAGGCUGGGGUUAGGGCCGUGGCUCGUAGAGGCGCCAGGGCAGCGGAGAAGCCGGAGCUGGGACCGGCAAUGGGACGUUGAUCCCUCUCACCUGUCGUAGACCCUCAUCCGCCUCAUCGGAGCCAACUCUGAACUCUCGCUGACUCUGGACCCCUCGGGGGACCUGAACUUGAUGCCAUGGGAGGCUGUGCGGGGCGGCGCCUUUCGGAUUCGGAGGGAGAGGAGGCCAAUCCGGCACUUAGGCCCCCGCCGCAGGACCGUCAGGGGACCCAUUGGAAGAACGCGGUGGGCUUCUGGCUCCUGGGCCUCUGCAACAACUUCUCUUACGUGGUGAUGCUCAGUGCUGCCCACGACAUCCUCAGUCACCAGAGAGCACCUGGGAACCAGAGCCAUGUGGACCCAGACCCAACACCCACCUCCCAUAAUAGCUCAUCUCGAUUUGACUGCAAUUCUGUCUCCACAGCUGCGGUGCUCCUGGCAGACAUCCUUCCCACCCUCGUCAUCAAAUUGCUGGCUCCUCUUGGCCUUCAUCUGCUGCCCUACAGCCCCCGGGUGCUCACCAGUGGGGUUUGUGCUGCUGGAAGCUUCAUCCUGGUUGCCUUUUCUCGUUCGGUGGGAAUCAGCCUGUGUGGUGUGGUCUUGGCUAGCAUCUCUUCAGGUCUGGGGGAGGUCACCUUCCUCUCACUCACCGCCUUCUACCCCAGGGCUGUGAUCUCCUGGUGGUCCUCAGGUACUGGCGGAGCAGGGCUGCUGGGGGCACUGUCCUACCUGGGCCUCACCCAGGCUGGCCUCUCUCCCCAGCACACCCUGCUGUCCAUGCUGGGUAUACCCGCACUGCUGCUGGCCAGCUAUUUCUUGUUGCUCACGUCUCCUGGGCCCCAGGACCCUGGAGGGGAAGGGGAGGCAGACACGGCAGCCCGGCAGCCCCUGAUAAACAGCGAGGCCCCAGAGUGGAAGCCAGGCUCCAGCUCACACCUGUCCCUUCAGGAAAGGUGGACCGUGUUUAAGGGCCUGCUGCGCUACAUCGUCCCCUUGGUGCUGGUUUACUUUGCUGAGUAUUUCAUCAACCAGGGACUUUUUGAACUCCUCUUCUUCCGGAACACGUUCCUGAGUCACGCUCAGCAAUACCGCUGGUACCAGAUGCUGUACCAGGCCGGCGUCUUUGCCUCCCGCUCUUCUCUCCGCUGCUGUCACAUCCGCCACACGUGGGCCCUGGCCUUGCUACAGUGCCUCAACCUGGCCUUCCUGCUGGCGGACGUGUGGCUGAGCUUCCUGCCGAGCAUCUACCUCAUCUUCCUGAUCAUUCUGUAUGAGGGACUCCUGGGGGGCGCAGCCUAUGUGAACACCUUUCACAACAUUGCCCUGGAGACCAGCAGUGAGCACCGGGAGUUUGCCAUGGCAACCACCUGUAUCUCGGACACCUUGGGGAUCUCGCUGUCAGGGCUCCUGGCCCUGCCUCUGCACGACUUCCUCUGCCAGCUCUCCUGACACUCUGACUCCUUGGAGCAUAGGACACAGUGACCUGGGCCCACACUGACAGGCGGGCAGGUCGGACCGACCCCAGGCCCACGGCCCAGAGCCCACCCGUGAGCUCUGCCCCCAGCUGGGAUGUAGAAAAGUGCUGAGGUCCUGUUCCCCUUUGCUGGAGGGGCAGCGGUUUUCUUCCACUCCCAAGCUGCUUUCGGGGAAUUUCUUUGCAUUAUGCCUUCAGAAUAAAUGCCUAUUUUAUCAAUUGA